GCAUCUUUUCACGAUAUCGACGAAUUGCCCAAGAGGGGAGAGAGGCUCAAAUACGUGCAUAUUCGCCAACUCGCCAAGGGUCGCAAAGCUGACGAUCAGCAUCCUUCUCGGUUAGACCGAGAGCCUGGGCACGAAACGAACCACGGGGAGAAGAUGGAGGAUCCUGCGGUUACAACGGGUACACCUGGCUCGGCGACACCAGGUGACAUGGACAACAGCAACGGGAACAAUGUCGCCAGCCUCGGCAGCAGCCCCGAGAUCAUCAAUGGACCCAGCCCUCAUGUGUGGCUUGUCGGCGGUGGGAUAGCGUCGCUGGCUGCCGCCGUCUUUCUGAUUGACGAUGCUCACGUCCCGGGAGAUCACAUUCACAUUCUCGAGGCGUCAUCCAAGGCUGGGGGAUCGAUGGCUACUUUUUCCAAGCCGUCAUGGGAGACUGGGUAUCGUGUGUCGGCCAUCAGGAAGAUGAGUCUUACGUAUCGCUGUCUGUACGGCAUGCUGGAGAAGGUUCCCUCCGACAUUGAGGGCGAGACGCUUGCCGACAAGCUGAACCGGUUCAACCAAGCGAGGAGAAAGCUGGGCGCAUCGGGUACGAGAUUGGUGAGGCAGGUAAUGGACAAAUACGGUGUUGAGAAGCCGGAGGCUGUCGACGUGAGCACCAUGGGCCUGAGUGUCAAGAACCAGUGCGACCUGAUGAGGGUAGUGCUCGAGACGGAGAAAGAGCUCGAGGGGCUCGAGAUCCAGGCCCUAUUCGAGCCCGACUUCUUCGAGACCAAUUUCUGGGAUCUGUGGUCGUCGCUCAACCGGUUUCAUCCUUGGUGCAGUGCCGUCGAGUUCAGGAGGUGUCUGCACCGCUUCUUGCACGAGUUUCCCAACAUGGGGACCUUGUCUGGGGUAGAGCAGGCUCCGGAGGAGGACUUUGAAGCUAUUAUUAAGCCGUUGACGCAGUAUCUCAAGGCAAUGGAUGUCGAGUUUCGUCAUGGCAUUCAGGUCAGCGGACUGGACAUUGAGGACAUCGGUCCCGAGUUCAGAGUGACUGCGCUCAAGACCUACCAAGACAACAAGCACGUCGAUCUCGCCUUGGGUCCUUCGGACCUCGUUCUCAUGACGCUGGGCUCACUCACCUCUGGCAUGGGCUACGGCUCAAAUAACAAGCCUCCCCCGACAAUGGAACUCCGCGACUCUGCUCCCCAUGAGCUGGAUCCCUCAUGGACCUUCUGGGACAAGCUGGCGAUGGACCGACCGGAGACCUUUGGCAACCCAGAGGCCUUCUUCGACCGUCCCUCCAAGUCGACUUGGCUCUCCUUCACCGUCACCCUCCGCGAUCCGGCCUUCUUCGAGCACCUCCGCUCCUGGACGGGAACACUCACCGGUGCCGUGCCUCUGAUCACCUUCCGCGACUGUCCCUGGAUGCUGUCGCUCACGAUCCCCCAGCAACCACACAUCAAGGACCAGCCUGACGAUGUCUUUGUGUUCUGGGGGUACGGCCUCUUCCCCGACCAAGCAGGCCGACACGUAAAGAAGCCCAUGCUCGAAUGUACAGGCGCUGAAAUCCUGACGGAGCUGCUUCACCUAAUGGCAUUCCCUCUACACCCAACUCUCGAGCGAUCCAUCACCAUCCCCUGCCUUAUGCCGCUCAUCGGUAGUCCUUUCCUGACGCGCAAGAAGGGCGAUAGACCAGACGUGAUCCCCAAAGGAAGCCAGAACCUCGGUCUGAUGGGUCAGUUCGUCGAGAUCGACCGCGAGGUGACGUUUACGAUGGAGUACUCGGUCCGGUCCGCGCAGAUCGCAGUGUACGGGCUUAUGGGCGUUGACAAGAAGCCCCCAGGGGUACAGGGUGAAGAUCACUCGGUGGUGACGCUCGGAAUGGCCUUGAAGACAAUGAUGACCUAG